AUGCCUGUCAUGGAGGAUCAGACACUGAUAGGACUCUGGGCCAAGGAGGAGGAAAGGGUGAACAGGAAGACUCAAAAAGAGAAGGCCAGAAUCUUGCAUCAGAACACUGGCACGCUGGUGGUGCAACACAUGGUGGCUAGGCUGCUGACCAUCCUAGAAUUGAAGCUGAGGGAAAGGGGUUGUUGUCUCCACCUGAGGACCUUGGGGAAAUGGAUUGAUGGCAAGAUUGAUGGAAUAGACCAGAUCUUUGCAGCCAUUGUGAAACAUCAGGCCCUUGCUGCAUUGAAGGCAAAGGAUUAUUAUUUCCAGUCUCAAUUCGACCCAAAGGCGAAGCUACCAGCAAGAUGGCAUGAGGGACAGGAACCCCGUCCAUAUUUUUGGAGUGCCAAACACUGGAAUUGGGUGGCAAAAGGAAAUGACCUCUGGACUAAGCCCAUUGACUUUUUGUUCCAUGUACUCAAUGAAGACCCGCAGUACACCGUCAUCGAGGAAUUCAUGCAAGACCUGAAUGCUCUGCUCAACAUCCUUACAAAGGAAUAUGACUAG